AUGUCCGGCUGGCACGAAGAAAGUGAGUCCACAGAGGCGAAGCGGAAGCGGAGGGAGAAGAAGGAGAAGCGGAGGGAGAAGAAGGAGAAGCGGAGGGAGAAGAAGGAGAAGCGGAGGGAGAAGAAGGAGAAGCGGAGGGAGAAGAAGGAGAAGCGGAGGGAGAAGAAGGAGAAGCGGAGGGAGAAGAAGGAGAAGCGGAGGGAGAAGAAGGAGAAGCGGAGGGAGAAGAAGGAGAAGCGGAGGAGGGAACGAGGAGAGCUGGAAGUCAGUGAUGUGUGGACGAUCAAAGAGGGGAGUGAGCUCGAGGGUAGUGCGGGCGGGAGCGGAGAGGAGAAUAAGGGGCAUAAAGUGCGGAAAGUGCAUAACCCUUAUUUUAGAAAGAGGGAGGGAUGGCAGUAA